UGUCAGAACUGUCACUUGACGUCUAGUCUUUCUGUUGGGGUGCGAGUGUGUUGACCACUGCUUGUCUCGUGGAUAUAAGUGAGGAGGCUAAUCCACAACCAUGACUGACGCGCAACAGGAGGCCCGCUCAUACCUGAGCGAGGAGAUGCUUGCCGAGUUCAAGGCUGCCUUCGACAUGUUCGACACCGACGGUGGCGGUGAUAUCAGCACUAAGGAGUUGGGUACCGUCAUGAAGAUGCUGGGUCAGAAUCCAUCCAGAGAGGAGUUGGAAGAAAUCAUCGAGGAGGUCGAUGAAGACGGCAGCGGAUCCAUCGACUUUGAGGAGUUCUUGGUCAUGAUGGUGAGACUCCUAAAGGAGGACCAGGCUGGCAAGAGUGAGGAAGAGUUGGCCGAAUGCUUCCGUGUGCUGGACAAGAACGGUGAUGGCUACAUCGACAGAGAUGAGUUUGCUGAGAUCAUCCGCAGCACUGGCGAACCCAUCUCAGAUGACGAGAUUGAUGAGCUGCUUAAAGAUGGAGACAAAAACAACGAUGGCAUGCUGGACUUUGAUGAAUUCCUCAAGAUGAUGGAGAAUGUGCAGUAA